GACAGGGAGGGAGGACGUUAUCUUGACCCGCAUCCACCUGGUUGGAAUACAAAUCAUUAUCCAUCUACCUCACUUUACCUACGGACAGCCACAACACGGCACCAAUAUGGGUGAAUGCUGUAUGUCGGCUGAAGAAUUGGAGAGAAAUAAGAUACAUCAGGAGAUUGAGAGACAGCUUCGCCGGGACAAGAGAGAAUCUCACCGCGAGAUAAAGUUGUUGCUUUUAGGGACUGGUGAGAGUGGGAAGAGCACCUUCAUCAAGCAGAUGAGGAUCAUCCAUGGGACGGGCUACUCCGAGGAGGACAAACGAGGCUUCACCAAGCUGGUGUACGGGAACAUCGUCAUUGCUGUUCAGAAAAUGAUCCAAGCCAUGAAGACCCUACGGAUUGAUUUCAAAGACCACCAGAACAUUAGCCAUGCAGACAAGCUGAGCAGGGUGGAGGCAGACAUAUUGACCAACCUGGAACCAUGGCAGGUGGAUGGCAUCAGAAGACUGUGGAGUGACCAGGGCAUGCAGAAGUGCUACGAGCGCAGGAGGGAGUACCAGCUCUCUGACUCUACCAAAUAUUACCUGAGUGACCUGGACAGAAUCGCUGCGCCCUCAUACCUCCCCACUCUGCAGGAUAUCCUCAGGGUCAGGGUCCCUACCACUGGCAUCAUAGAGUACCCCUUUGACCUCAAGACUGUCAUCUUCAGGAUGGUGGAUGUUGGAGGUCAAAGGUCAGAGAGGAGAAAGUGGAUCCACUGUUUUGAGAGGGUCACCUCCAUCAUCUUCCUGGUGGCUCUCAGCGAGUACGACCAGGUUCUCUAUGAGAGCGCCAAUGUGAAUCGAUUAGAGGAGAGCAAAGCCUUGUUUACAACCAUCGUCACCUAUCCCUGGUUCCAGGAGUCCUCCAUCAUCCUCUUCCUCAACAAAACAGACCUCCUAGCAGACAAGAUCUUACACUCCAACUUAGCAGACUACUUCUCAACGUUCACUGGUCCACAGAGAGAUGCAGAGUCUGCUAAGAUGUUCAUCCUGAACAUGUACAAAGAGCAGCACAUAGGGCGUCACAAAUCUCUGUACAACCACUUCACCUGUGCUACCGAUACAGAGAACAUCAGAGUUGUCUCCAAAGCUGUCAGGGACACAGUCUUCCAAGAAAACCUGGAUCGGUUCGGGUUAGGGGUUUAGGACUAGUGUGGUCACGGUUAUAUGCUACAAACAUGUUAUUUUAGUUUGGGGUUACAGUUUUGCUACAGAAUAACUGUGGUCGUGAAUAACACACUUUCUUACUAUAGCAGGACUUCAGAAACAUUGUGAUGUACACUGCCGUUCAAAAGUUUGGGGUCACUUAGAAAUGUCCUUGUUUUUUAAAGAAAAACACAUUUUCUGUCCAUUAAAAUAAUAUACAAUUAUUGUGAAUCUAAUGUACUUGUCCUCUUGCUCAGAGUUGACAUUGAGAACUCUCCAUAGAGACGGGUGUUUUGCGGGUCAACAGUGAAGCGGCGACUCUGGGAUGCUGGCCUUCUAGGCAGAGUUGCAAAGAAAAAGCCAUACCUCAGACUGGCCAAUAAAAAUACAAAAUUAAGAUGGGCAAAA